AUGGGACUCCUUUCGCCAGACGUCCUCUGCACGCUCCUGGUGACGUUCUUCAUCCUCCGCGUUGGCGCCUUUCUCCAUCUCUGGCGCCUGUGGACGAGCGGACUGACGGUCCUCGUGGGCGCCGUGUCCUCCUCCUUCAACAAGCCGCCUUCUGGACGAGGCGGAAGAAAAAAGAAGGAAGAAGCCCCGCAGGCGCCGCAGCUCGCUUUGUGCCCGGUUACCCGUUUGGCAGGUCUGGGCGUUUUUGACGGCUUCCACGAGUUGCGCGACGCCUCCAACUUCCUGCUGACGGCCCUCGCCUCCACAGCCGCGGUUGCGCUUCUCCAAGUUUCCCGAGGGCCUCAGGCGGCCUCCUCGCCUGCCUCUCAGAGCCUGGCUGGCGCGCUGGCGCCGCUGCCGCUGGUGCUGGUUGCGUUCCUCUAUUUUGUGCGCCUGCAGUGGGUUAUCCAUCGGCGGUUCGCUGCCUCACGCCGGAAGCUCCCCUUUGGUCACCGCACAGCCACCGGCUUGUUCACCGGAGGUCUCGUUGCCGUCGCCCUCGUCACCGAUCUCCUCCGUGUGAGGCAGCGAUUUGAGUUUGCCUCGCUUCUUCCAGCGUACCUGCGAGAGCUAUGGGCGCCCUUUGUAGACGUUGCGGCGCGAUGCGACUGCCCCUUCAGCGAGGAGCGCCUGGCUUUCCUCGGGUUUCUGUUUUCGCUCGGCGUUGGCAUCGCGAAGGCCGCUUUCGUGACUUUCCUCGCGUUCGAAGGGGCCGUUCUCGCAGCCCCGAUUCAGGUCGAGGCCAAUCUCGUCUCCGUCGCCCUGUUCAAGCACGACUUGCUCACGCCGGGAACAGGGGACGCCGUGAAGCGACUGCAGUUUCCUUUGGUCCACGUGGAGAGAUUUGUCACUCCUCUCCUUCUUUUCCUCCCUUUUCUCUGGAUGCCGAAUGUAUACGCGGCGUUUCUCAGCGAGACAGGCUUCUCUGCGGUUCGCUUCGGGGGCAUUCGACUGGUGCUCACCUUUCUGGCGUGCCUCGGUCUGCUUCGGCGGGCGAAGCUUGCGACGCAGGUGUCUACGCUGUUGGCCUUGCCGCAUGCCGACCCGAAGGAUGACGAAGAGCGAAAGGAGAAAAAGUACGACAGAAGAUCGGCGGUCCCCGCGUCUUCGUCCGCCUCCUCUCCCUCAGCACCGCCGAGUCGCUCGCUGCUACUCCGCCUGCUUGACCUCCUCGGUCUGCCCUCUCGACUUUUGCUUCUCGUUGCCCUCUGCGGCUUUCUGCUCGUGCUGCAGGCGCGGGAGGGGCGCGACGGGCCUCUGCUGCUCCCUCCGGCGUCCUCUGACGAAGGCGGGGCGCCCCUCGAGGCCUCGCGAGAGUUCGCGUCGUUCGCCUCCCCGCCCUCUGUCUCCGCGACUUGGACUUGCGCGUCGUCGGGCGGAACGGGCGUGGGCGGCAGCGGCGCGACUCUUGGGCAGAGCUGCGGUGAGCCUCAGCGGCCUCAGGCCAAACAGGACAAGCAGCUCGGCGGCGACGCGUCCUCGCCUGUCGCUUCGCCCGCAGAGGAGCAGAGUGGAGAGGAGACAUCAUUGGCAGAGGGGGGGGGGACGAAGGAACCCCACGCGAAGGCUGCCGACGCGAAACCCAGUCGAACUUGCACGCUGGUGUGGAGUGUGCUGGGCAACGCCGAGCAGAAGCAGCGCAGCUUCCAGAUUCUCGGAGAGAUCUCCUUGAGGGAAAAGAUCUUCUGGGCCCGAGACGCAGCGCGCGGUCUGCUCCCCUUUAACUCCUCUUCCUUCGUGCCCUUUAUCCAGCAACUCACCAGCGUUGUGCUCGUCGGAUUCCUCGCCACCACCGCGUUUCUGUUCACCUUCGCCUCAACCGAAGUUAGGCAACGCGGCCUUCGACGGCUUUCCAUUUGGGACAGUCCGGCGCCUUGA